AUGUCGACAGAGAGGCAACAGCUGGGCAGUGAGUGUGGAGUACUGGACCAGAGGCCAGCUGCCACUGUGACCUUGAACCAGAGACUUAGCCUUCUGGUGGAAGGGAGCACAGGACACACAUCAGCUGUCACUACCUCCACGGCCACCACCUUGAUCAUCGUCACCGUCAGUGUCACCACCAUCCUCAUUGCCACAGUCAUCGUCAACAUGUUGCAGCUGUCACUGUUGUCAUCGACCACCAUCACCACCACCAUCACCAUCACCACCAUCUUCACCAUCAUCACCACCAUCACCACCACCAUCACCAUCAUUACCACCAUCACCACCACCAUCAUUACCACCAUCACCACCAUCACCAUCACCAUCAACCCCAUCAUCACCACCACCACCAGCACCACCAUCACCACAAUCACCACCACCAUCAUCAUCAUCACCACUGCUACCAUUACCAUCACCACCAUUACCACUAUCACCACCAUCACCAUCACCAUCAUAUCACCGUCAUGAUCAUCAUGACCAUCACAGAUGGACUUCCCCAGGAGGCCACUCCUGAGAUGGUCAGCAGGCAGGGCGUCCCCUCGAGGGUGCGCUGAUACCCCGUCUGUGGAAGGGGCUAAAACAGCAGGGCUGGGCAGAGGGGGAGUGGCACCACAGCCCGACAGAGGUCUCAGCCGACCAGAUGAGGAGCUGGAAAAUUGACUCCCCUCCCUGCAGGCACCUCGUCCCUCACCAUCUGUAAAGCACACCCCCUUGGGUUCAGGACCGUAUCUUCUCGCUCUUUUCCCACAGAUUCGCAGCAUCCCGCGGAGGAGCCAGGGCAACGCUCUCCACGGCGAGCAGA